UUGAAGAGAAGACUGGUUAACAGUUGACUUUGUUGGCUCUCAUAGACGAUUGUUUUUGGCUUCUACGGAGACUGUUGCAGAUUCAGAUCUCCUCUACUUUUAAUCGCUUUUCUUGCAUAUUAUCUGCAUCUCCGAGGACCUCGUUUACGUGAUUCAGGUUUUUCUUGGUGAUUAGAUGGCGGAAGGGGGAGUUAAAUCAAGAUAUGUGAAGCUGACCAAAGAUCAGGGGCCUUUGGAGGACAUCAAGCCUGGUGAGCUCAACCAGCCCAUUGAGGUUCCUCAGUUGAAUGUUCGAAAGUGCAAUGAGUGCGGACAGGCUUUACCUGAAAAUUUUGAGCCUCCUGCUGAUGAACCUUGGACUACUGGGAUUUUUGGCUGCACUGAGGAUACUGAAAGUUGCUGGACUGGGCUAUUUUGCCCAUGUGUUCUUUUUGGGCGUAAUGUUGAGAACUUGAGAGAGGAUACCCCAUGGACUACACCCUGCCUUUGUCAUGCAAUUUGUGUUGAAGGUGGCCUUGCAUUGGCAACAGCCACAGCAAUCUUUCAUGGCAUUGACCCAAGGACAUCAUUUCUUAUUUGUGAGGGUUUAUUUUUUACUUGGUGGAUGUGUGGGAUAUACACUGGUCUUGUUCGGCAAUCCUUGCAGAAGAAAUAUCAUCUCAAGAAUUCACCAUGUGAUCCAUGCAUGGUGCACUGCUGCAUGCACUGGUGUGCAUUGUGCCAGGAGCACAGGGAGAUGAAGAACCGUCUCUCAGAUAAUAUGGUGAUGCCAAUGACAAUCGUCAACCCUCCCCCUGUCCAAGAGAUGAACUCUGCCAGUGAAAACCAGGAUCCCGCACCAUCUUCUGGAAAUGGCAUCACCAAUUUGGAGAUGCAAGCUUUGUAAGAUCCACCAUACCGGCACAGAAUAAACACAUUUGUUCUUGAUAAGGAUUUUUUAUUCAUAUUUUCCCCCUGUUGGGAAAAAAAAUGGAUUACCUUCAUACAGUUUCUUCCAUGCCUGCCUGCAUCAAACUCGUAAAUUUUACCCCCUGUUGAUAGUUGACAGAGAGAGAACUUUACUUGUAUUCAGAGAUCAUUUGGAAUUAAAAUUUUUAGGUAUGCAAAUAUUGUUGCUUUUAGUGA